AUGUCGUGGCCACCGCUGAGAGAACGGCUCUUCAAUCUACUCGAUCCAGGAUAUCUGCUUUGUGCCAGUGCCUACUCCUUUCUUAUUACUGCAUUCGACUUCUUUCUCGUCCGGCGGCAUUUUCCAUCGUCAUCAAAUAUCCAGAAAGUCAGAGACGAUGCUUUCUCCGCCUUCUGGACCAAAGCCACCGCUCCUGUCGAACCUGCUCCGCCUCCAGUCGGGUCUGCGGCUCUCGUGCCGCCUCUGCUAUCUCGAGCACACGGAGUGGUUCUCGAUAUCGGGCCUGGUUCAGGCUCCCACGUCUCAUGUUUCGCCGACAAUGCAAACAUCAGCGGCGUGUACGGUGCGGAGCCCAGUGUCGGCCUUCACGCUCCUCUACAAGCCCGGAUCAAUGAAGCCAAACUGACAGAUAAAUACGACAUUCUCGGCUGCAUGGCGGAGAAGAAAGCGUUGUCAGAUGCACUUGCGAAAGAGGGCGUCAGCGCUGCUACAGACGGCGGCGGCAGCUUCGAUACCAUUGUCUGCGUACGCGUCCUGUGCUCGGUACCGAACCUCGACGAGACGGUGCAAGAGUUGUAUUCGUUGCUGCAUCCGGGCGGGGACUUGAUGGUGGUCGAGCAUAUCAGGAAUCCGUGGACGACGAAUGGCAGUAUCCUGGGGAGAGCGAUGCAGAUGUUAUACCAUGCUCUGGGCUGGAAGUUCUUCCUGGCCGGCUGUGAGAUGAACCGGGAUACCGCAACGGCAUUGAAGAAGGCAGGGGAAUGGGAGGCAAUUGAUCUCAAGACGCAUUUCGAAUGGUCGGCGCUGCCGUAUCUCUCGGGCACGCUGACGAAGAAGAGAUAG